AUGGAUAAAAUCGAAAGAUCAUGUUCUCAGUCUCUCCACUUUGCUGCCGUAGAGCAAUGUGAUGAACUCCUUGUCAGCCUCAAAGACCCUAUGUUGACCACUCUCCGAAUGAAAGUUGUAACCAUCAGGUGUGAACAACUGGCUGAGCAAUGCUUGAAGUAUAGAUCACCAGAAUCCCAUCUAUGUUACCAAAUUGUUGCAAGCAAUGUGGCCCUGCACGAGGAGCUCAACUUCACCUGCUCCAAGCGCUUGUCUACUAAGCCCGACAUCUACGAGGCCCAUCGGAUUUAUCUGCUCCGAUCCUUAAUUGCUCUAGCCCGCUCGACCUACCGCUCCAGAAAACAUAACUGGAGCCUCACCUACUUGAUCAUUGCUGACUUGCUCUGUUUCUGGCCCGAUUUGCUGCUUUCUUCGCGAGAGGGCAUAUUUGAGGAAGUUUGUGCUAGAACCAACUCCAAAAGAUCCUCCUUCCCCCGCUUCAACAACUCUUUCCCACAUUCCUCCCAGAGCCGUUCAUCUGGUUCAAACAACAACACUGGCAAAACCAACGGGGCUGAUUCGGACCCCAAAGGAUACUAUCGGACUCUCGGGGUUCGAACAAACGCUUCCAGGGAAGAAAUCAAGGAGGCUUUCCGAAAACUGGCCCUCAUACAUCAUCCUGACAAAGGAGGCCAAGCCGAGUCAUUUCAAAAGAUCCACUUGGCUUACGAGAUUCUUUUUAACCCGGAGUCAAGAUCGGCUUACGAUCAGACUCGUCGAUAA